AUGGGACUCGGUCCAACAGGUCACAUGCCUUUCUUCUGCCACAACGGAGAUCCGUUAUCGCAACCGCCACCAGCCCACAUGGGAAUCCCACCGUACCAGUUGGAUAGCAAGGGGGCGGCAUCCAUGGGUGAGUACGGGGGCUCACCUCAGCCGCAGCCGCUUAGCCCAGCCGAAUGGAGACGACUCGGGCCGCUGCUCGCCGCCACAGGUAUCCUUGAGAUCUGCCGCUCCCCGGCCAUCUCGACAGAGAUGGCCGGAGGCGGUUGUACAUUAUAG